AGUGUUUUUGUUUCCCAUGUUGUGUUACGUGCUGCUUUUUGAUGAAGUGUUUAUCGUUUGUCUUGGUUCAUGUAAAUACAAAACUGUCGUUUACCAUAUUUUAAUUAUUUUAAUUACAUCUUGCUACUUAUUGACCUCAUUAAAGAGAUUAAUUCAUUUCUUUAAUUGUGGCAGACAAUUGAAAAAAUUGCAUCCAUGUAUCUACAAUAGUUUUAAUAUUGAACAGUUUAGAAGAAAAAAGUAAAUAUUAAAAAAAUGAUUUCCUUGCGAAGUUCCUUAUUUCUGCUAAUGUACUUCUCAGGUGCUUUGUGCAGAAGCAUGAAAGACUUACCAUCAGAAUGUUUUGAUGCAGAAGAAAUUGAUGAUAGUACCAGGGCUUUUGAUGUAUUUGAUACCCCUACAUCAAAAGCUAAUGACUUAAAUUUGAAGAAAGGUUGGUACCGAAUUUUAGGAAAAGCUGGAAAUAGUUUAAAGCAAGGGUUCGAGAAAGUUUUAAACACUGGUGAUAGUCCACCAAAUUUUUGCGGCACAGUACACGCUGGUAGUUUGAUGGGAGACCAUCCAACAGAAGAAGAGGGAAUGGUAGAAAUGUCAGUUUGCUUCAGAGACAGAUUUUGUUAUUUUCAUAAUGUAAGAACAUGCGAGUGCAAAAGUAAAAUAAAAAUUUAUGUACGCAAUUGUCGAAAACACUUUAUUUACUGGCUUUCACCUACAAGCUCUAAUCAAAGGUAUUGCACGGGAAGAACUAGUUUAGCUGGACCAAAAGUAGUUAACAAAAUCUCCAAAGCUAUCGAAUGUUCACAGUACACAAUCAUGAAAGACCUUAAUUCACGGGUAUGGGACCAAGUGGGUGAUGUCACUUGUGACCAAAAUGUUGGUUGGUUUCGGUUUGAUAAAGCAUCUGGUUAUGAAAUUUCAUCCAAAUGUACUGUGAAUGCAAAAUCACUUACAAGGAUUGGACAAUCGUGUAGUGCAGAAUUCCGUGGUUGGAUGGUCGACCGCCAUCCCACACUUGAGGAAGGGAGAGUCAGUAGAAGAAUUUGUUUUUCAUAUGCUGCUCAUUGUGUGUGUGAUUUUUUUGGACAAAUAUCUGUGCGGAAUUGUGGUCAGUAUUACGUCUAUCGCCUGCAGAAGGCACCAAUUUGCAAUGCAAGGUAUUGUGGAGCUGCAAAUGGAUCAUUAGCUGCAGUGAAUGAUCCUAAAAAGCCUGCUGUAGAAAAAAACAAAGAUAUCUGCAAAAUGUAUCAAACAUCGUACGAUCCAGAUCGCUUAUGGUCGUACACAAUUCCCACUGUAAACAAAUGCGAUGCAUCCUUUUAUGGUAGAUAUCGUUUUGGGUCUAUCUACACACCAUGGAGUAUUAAGGAAGGGUGCAACACUUCUGACAUGCAUCUAAUCACGCAUAGGUGUGGCUCCACCUACCAGGGUUUCAUGGAGGGUAAACAUCCAGCAGUGGAAGAUGGUUACGUGGAGAGAGUUAUUUGUUUUCAAUCCACGAAAGUUCCUUGUGAGUGUAAGCACACCACUAUUGUGGGCGUAAAGAACUGUGGUAAAUAUUUCGUUUACGACUUUAAAAGUGUGCCAGAGUGCAAUUCAAGAUUUUGCAUGGUGGCUAAUGGAUCUGCAGAGAUCACAAUUGAUCCAGGAAGACCAACGUUAUAUCCCAUACCAGCUCCUGGUUACACUCCACCGCCUGCUGAGAAGGAAGUGAGAGAAGAUAAAAACUCCAGCUUAAUCACAUCAACUACAGUACUGGCCAUCAUCCUCCUCAUCGUAAUCAUUCUUGUCGUUUUGCUUAUCUUUAUCAUUGUCUGCAUGGUGUGGCCUAUAUAUCGUCAGCAUGAACCUCGAGUGCGUCGUGAGUCAUCUGAACUGUCGCAAUUGGUAACACCAGUUGAGGUGGCAUCUGAAGCUAAACCAAGCGGUAGUAAUGGACAGAUCUAUAAAGAGGAAAAGGUUCAAAAUUUCGAGGAAACUCCUAUCCCCCCAUAUCCGUCCGUACCUCCUCCGGAAACCCCAGAUAAAGCCGAGUUACAAGAGGUCGAUUCUGACAUAGAAAUGCAAAAAGGGCCUGGAUCAGAGGACGACUUGAAUACUAUUCCUGAAGAUACAGAAUACAGCGACACUGCUGAAGAAUCUGAUACACUGAUGAAGAGAAAAGACUCAGCAGUUUGAUGUGACCAAAUUGAAGUUCUGUGUUGCAGACAUUUAGUUCUUCGUUUACUGUUUUAGGUUUUAUUCUAGUUCCAUGCGUUUUAUUGUGGAUUUUUUUAUAUUUCGCCCUUUAUUUUAUAAUUUAUUGUAAAUAGUGAAGGGAUAUUUUGAGAUUUUAGGGAAAUAUGUUGCGAUGUUGUAAUGUGCGAUUGAUACAAUAGCAUUACACGCCAAUGUAUUUUUAAUUUGUUUAUCUUUAUGUCAAAAAAUUCAGUAUUCAAAUUAAACAAACAAAAUGGUUUGAUGUUGCUCAAAUGGUGUAUGGCAAAGAAGAGCAACAUUUCAAGUGUAAAUGUUCACUGCAUUUUUUUUUUUUUUUUUUUUUUUUGCUCAUAAGAAUCAUAUCACAUAUUUUUACUGUCAAUAUUUUUUUUGGCUCUGUUCUUACAUAAGCAACGUUAAACCAAAAAUAACACUGGUAAAACAUUCGAAUAAUCAGGGAGUUCUAUUUCGAAUCCUUUGAGGUGACUCCCACCAGUGUGCGUAGUUGCACAGCAUUUUAAACCUCGUCAUAGACGGUCUGCUUAUUGGAAGUAGUUUUUUCGCUUGUAUCCUGGAUUAAAUAAUAUGCCUUGGUUUCAUGUUUUUAGCUUUAAUAUUUUUUGUACAUUUGUUAUUAUAUUUUCCUAAACAAAUGGUAGUUUAUGUGUUUAAUUUCAUUUUAUGUCUUGAAGAAUAAAUGUGAAUCUAAAAUUACUAAGAAACAAUGAUACAGUUAAUCCCUCCUUUUACUAAUGUUUUGUCCAAUCUCUUUCAUGCCAUCACUUUCAUACCAUCUUUUUCACACCAUCUCUUUCAUACCAUCUUUUUCUUCUAAUUCUAUAACAUAUUAAAAAAAAAAUUAAACUUAGCGCUAGAUUUUGCUGAUUAAUUGUUUCCCGUGUGCGCGCGAUCUUUCCUUCGCGCGAUUUUUUUCUGCUCUUGAUUUGUUUAUGUAUAUUUUCGAAAUUUAUUUCAAGAACAUGUAAUGUAAUUAUACAAUUUAAAUGUAUAGUAUAUUUUUAUAAGUAGAACUUUUCGUGUAUGUAGAGAGUUACUUUUGUAGAAAAAUAAUUUUCAAAGAAAA